AUGGCACCUCUCUUCGCAAAGCGAAUAACUUGCUUCUAUUGCGGGAGACGGUCUGCACAGACUGGAAAAGGUCCUAUCCGUAAAUGGCGCUGUAACGCUUGUGAGGCAAUAAAUUACCUGGAUGAAAAAGGACAAAUCGCGGACCCCCCAGCAGCAGAUACAAAUCCUAAUGCAUACGGAUCGGAUGUAUCGAGUGCCCCUUUCGAGUCGACUGAUAUUACAGGAUCCGGUCUAUUCUGCGCGCAAUGUAUCCGAAAUCAGCAUCUUUUCACGAGUGCUCUCGCCGCAUAUUUCCCACCAACAGACGAUCCAAACUAUGGCGCAUACGAACAAGAAUACCCAAAGUUUCGCAAGAACCUUGAAGAACGGUAUCCGCAAGUAUGUGCCAAAUGUGAGCCCAGGGUGAAGGACCGCAUCCGACAGGCAGGAUACGAGGCAAAAUCAGACCACCUGAGACGUAUGAUGGAUCGCAGCAAAGCGGGAAGAGCAGCAAGGCAUGCGCGCAAAUGGAAUUGGAGGAGCUUGUUGCUUUAUGCUGGCGCCAUCACUUACUGGGCUAGUGUUAUUGGCCAACUCUCCUGGAAUCUAGUGGGUGCUUUAGCUACUGAUGAAUUACUACGGGACCCGGAUGAUCUCCUUACGCCAGCAUCCAUCGUAGCGUGUGCCCAGCAAACGUUAGAGACACGCCGCAUGCCAAGUUAUUGUUUCGUUGAUCUGGCACCUUAUGCUGGCCUGUCUCUAGUAGCAGGCAUACUUUCUGCCUGGUAUAACCCGAAACUGCGCUUCAAGGUUGAAGGGAGGGCUGGCCGCUUCGUCGGUCUAGGAGAAUACUACCAAGUUCAACUCAUUGUCAUGGUGGUGCGAUGUGUCUUUUGGGCUUUGCUUAGAGACCCUUUGUCAAGUGGUUUACAAUCGCAACUUCCACCGACCUUGCACACGUUUAUGUUCAUUUUCAUUGCUUUGUCUGUUCUAUUCUCUCGGCGCAUUGCGCAGUAUGACACUCGCCCUUUGGUAAAUUGGACCGACAAUACCCCGGCAGCAACCCCGGCUCGUAGACGUGGCGAGUCUCCCGUUUAUACCAGUGAAAGCAAACAGCUUUUCACAAGCCCGAGCGAAAGGCUGCAACAGGGCACACCACGCUUUCCUCUCGAAAAGCUAGCGACUCCUCGGCCUGUUACCGAGGAGCCAACUUUUCCUACCCCUCCCCCGGAAGGAGACGAUAUGGAUUGGACGCCUUCUGUACAGCAUAGUGUUACACCUACUGUGAGUGUGCACCAGAGAGAGCAGAAAUCUGUUCUCGAUGGACCUUUACCAUUCUACGGAUCUCUACCCGCCGCUCCUAAACCUCCGUCAUGGAACCUGCGUAACCAGCCUGCUCAGCGCCAGAAACCCAUCGAACAGGUUGUUGAGCGCAAUCCGUUCCACCGUUCUCCAGCCCAAUCCUCGAGCCCCUGGGCGCGGAACAAUGGCCCCUUGGACACUACAUUUGCUCCUCCGAAGUUCUUCCCUAUGAGUGAUCAUGCUGCCUCAACCGGGCUAGAGAGUCUGUUUGAUAAAGCUUUCACCAUCAAAUCGCCUGAGGACGAGGAUCACGGCGCAUGGCAAUCGCAACAGCAGACGACAAGUACUGGUCCCCAUCAAUCUGUCGACUUGCAUAGUUAUUUUAUCUUUCAGUAUCUCCGACUGGGAUUGCUUCUGUCCUCUAUCGCUGCCUGGCUCGUAUCACAGUAUGGCCAUAUUUCUCUACCCGGUGAUUUUAUUGAAGUGGCUUCCUUGGGUAGUGCGAGCCUUAUCGCCGGAUUCGCGCUACUGGAAGCCCUGAAACAACCUCUCGCUCAGUGGAACGGCAUGGAAAUCCUUGUUUAUUUUGCAGAGCUCGUGGCAGCAGUUCAUCUUGGGGGAAAUCUACCGCAGGUUUCUUACGAACGACACUAUUUCGACAGAUACGGAAAGCUCCUUUUGAUAUUCAUGACAGUUCAAGAGGCUUUGGGGUUACUCUCUCUCUAUCGUUUCUCGUCGGCCAUCAGCGGUGGGCAAGUGCCGCAAGCGAACCAAACCCAGCCACCACCUGCCGGCCCCCCCAGCCACCUUUUCAGCUCAGACGCCCGAGCUCGGCGCCAUCAUCCUUUUCCGUCAUAUGACGGCGGCCAUCAGGAUUAUAGUUUCAGUUUGAAGAGCUUGAAGGGCGAUGAAUCCGAUGUGUCGGACCCGCUGGAUCGUGACUCCGACACCGAAACUACAGUGACGACAGCUACUACGGCCACUAAUGCUACAAUUCGGAAUAUUCGCUAUGGACGAAGCGGCAGUGACGCCUUCUUUUCACCAAAACGAUCCGAACUUGGACCUGGCAUCGGCGGUCUCAGCCUUGACGACGAGCCUUCCCGGCGAAUGACAAGGAGUCAAACUCAGAAGCUGCGGCGCUUCCCUGGGCGUGGGAACCUCAGAACAAAGUAA